UUUAUUACCGGUUCGAACCGGCAGACCGGUAACAAGCCUAUUCCCCCACAGCGGGACGCAUUUUACCCCACAUUGUCUUCUCUACUUUUGUCCUAGGUCAAGAGAGAUUCCAUUCAUCUCGCCAGCUCACACUAAUAAAAAGAGGAUAUACGAUAAGUCUAGUUCGUGAGAAGGGGAGCCAUUGCAAUUACGAUAAAAUAUUAUAUACUCAUUGCGCAGUCAAUUAAUACCCAUAUACUCAUACUGCUCUUAACGCGAGACAUAUAGACCUCUAAUUAUAAAGAUGGUUGCUGCAGUUCGAGUGGCUCCGAAUGCUGCUACAAGAGCAGUUAGCCUUCUACGGACGGUUCAGUAUGCUCACCCGCCAAAUUGUCCAUGUCAUUCAAACCCGGGUCAUCACCAUCAUCAUGCAAAACCUCAAAUUGACGCGUACGCCCAGCAUACCAAUAAGCGGAUCGGAAGACGCGGCUUCGCUUCCCCUAUAGACCCUUCUCAGCAGAAGGAGUACGCAUUUGAGAUGGCCGCCUCUUCAAUCCGAUUUGGCCCUGGCGUCACCCAAGAAGUUGGUAUGGACUUUAAGAACAUGGCUGCUAAACGUGUCUGUGUUGUAACUGACUCGACCGUCCGAAAACUCACUGCCGUCAAGCAAGUAGAGGAGGCCUUAUCGAGAGAAGGCAUAGAAUAUGAGAUAUUUGAUAAAGUACGGGUUGAGCCAAAGGAUAGUUCUAUCAAAGAGGCCAUUGCAUUUGCCAAACCAUAUCGGCCGGACGCUUACCUCGCUGUAGGCGGAGGCUCGGUGAUCGACACGGCUAAAUUGAUGAACCUCUACACCGAGUAUCCCGAUGCUGACUUCUUAGAUUUCGUGAAUGCACCACUAGGCAAAGGACGGCCAAUUGAUAAAAAACUUAAACCUCUAGUCGCUAUACCUACUACGGCGGGUACUGGUAGUGAGACGACUGGCACAGCCAUUUUCGACCUCGUGGAAAAGAAGGCUAAGACUGGCAUCGCGCAUCGCAACUUAAAACCGACCCUCGGUAUAUGCGACCCGCUUAACACUAGAACGAUGCCUUCGGCGGUGAAGGCAAGUUCUGGACUAGAUGUUCUAUGCCACUCGCUUGAGUCGUGGACAGCCAUCCCGUUCAAUGAGAGAGUACCCCGACCCUCGAACCCCAUAUUAAGGCCUGCGUACCAGGGCGCAAAUCCUAUCAGUGACAUAUUCUCUCUAAAUGCACUCCGAAGUACUGUUAAAUAUCUGCCAAGAGCAGUCAAGGACCCAGAAGACUACGAAGCCCAGAGCGAGAUGCUCCUCGCCGCCACCCUUGCCGGCGUUGGUUUUGGAAAUGCCGGUGUUCACUUAUGUCACGGAAUGUCCUAUCCCAUCUCCGGCCAAAAUCCAGGUUACAAGCACGCAGGAUAUGAUGUAACAACGCCUAUCAUUCCUCAUGGCGUUUCGGUCGCAGUGUCAGCGCCUGCAGUGUUCCGGUUUACAGGUGCAUCAAACCCCGACCGCCAUCUCGCAGCCGCAGAAGCGUUCGGUGUGGAUAUCACGAACGUGAAGCGUGAGGAUGCUGGCGAAGUCUUGGCCGACGCCAUCACGAAGUUCCUUGCUGAGUUGGGAGACCAACCGAAGGGACUUAAAGAGCUGGGCUUUGACUCAAGUCACAUUGACGCCCUAGUUGAGGGGACGAUACCUCAAGCUAGGGUUCUGAUGCUGGCGCCUGGUCUGGCUAAGGAACUCGAACAGGAGAGGGACCAGCUGAGGAGGCUCUUUGAGGAGGCCUUAACGCACUGAUAAGAGAAACUACCUAUACAGGUACCCAUGCAAAGUUGCAAUUUAUAUAGAUAGUUUAGAUACUAGUUGACUCUGAUAAAGGGGUUAUGGCGUUGGAAGACUGAGUAUGAUUAUGCCUAGGUUUAAGAGGUCCCCGAUGUCUAUAACAUAUCUUGUGUCAAAUUGUGAUUACUUCUCUUAUGAGGUAAUUAGGCCUAUAAGUAAACUUUAGAAUCAAGGGUUACUCUAUAAAACCGAAGCAAGAACUAUUCAAUCCCAUGCUUGCUAUGGACUCAUCUAUAUAGGCCAGGUACCUAGGUAGCCUAUUAUGUCUUCUUCGUUGCUAAGAGUUUUUUGUUUUAUAACAGAAAUAUCUAAUGUGUGAUUGCCCUCCUAU